GUAGACAGUCCACUGACAGUAGUGUAAUCAGCGAGGGAGUAAGGAAAGAUGUUCAAACUUGCUGUAUAUAAUCAAAAUAAAAUUUGGUUCCAAUAACAAAAUGUGUUCAAACAAUCGUAGCAAAUUCGAAUGACGCAUUUUCAAUAAAACAUAUUUACGUUUGCACAAUAUGUGGUAUUAAACAAAACAUUUGUUCUGCCGCAAACCGUUCAAACAUUUCAUAAUUUGCAUAGUUUACCAUAUUUCGAUUUUACAUUAUAACGUUUAAAAUUUAAUAUAAGUACAAUGAAAUGACAGAAAGACAUCCACAACCGAUAAGUUGGAACUUAGUUUAACAACCUAUUCAAAUUGGUUUGGUUUCGCAAGAGUAAAAUAAUUUUCAAAAAAAAUGAAACAUUUUUGUGUUUUGAUGACAUUAGUCUUUGGAUAUGUUUUGGCAUUACACGAAGAUAACUUUAGACAUUUCGUAUACCAUACAAACCAUAUGCUCAAUCGUUUAAAUGAAGAACAUUUACGCCAUUUAAUCACAUUUUACAUAUUGGAUGAUAUGCAUAUUGAGGCGGUGAUUUCGCUUUUGGCCGCGCCAACGUUGGUUUUCAAGGAUGGAUGUGGGAAUUAUCCAGAUGAUCUGGGAAUUAAAGAGCAACAUAUACUGGACCGUUUAGAUUAUCAUGCAAAUGAAGCACCUGGUGAAGAUGAUAGAAUCACGGAUUACAAAACAUUGGGUGGAAUGGGGAUAGACAGAAGAAAUAGAAUUAAGGGAUCUGUAUUAUUUUUACUCCGGUCAAUCGAAGAUCUAUCCAAUCAUUUUGAUGUUGAGCAGAAAUGUCGUUUAGUAGCGUUGUUCGUAAAUGUAGAAGAUCCAAGCAUACUCAUAUUUCAUAGCUAUUCCAAACAAUUCAAAGGACACGAUUACUGUCGUCUUAAACAUUAUAUAUCUGACGACAAGAAUCAGGUACGGCACACUGAGUACAGAAUGUGGGAGGAUGGCUACUAUGAAGUAAUUGACCAUCAUACAAAAGGGCGCAAACUCACCCCUAAACCCGGACAUAAGAUUGGCUGCGUAAUUUCUUAAAGAGACCUUGCAGAUAUACACAUUUCUUAAAAUUUCUUUAAUAUGCUAUAUACAAUUUACAUAAUAAAUUAUCU